CUAAUGAAUUGAAUACAUUUUAUUUUCAUCUUAAUAUGAUUGCAAAAAUUGAUUCAAAAGCUACAAAUUUAUAAUUUUUAUUUUAUUACAGGACAACCCCAGAUGGGCCAGUCACAGGGAUCCCCAAAUAGUGGUGGAUACCCUGGGGCAGGUGGCUUUGCUAAGCCAGGUGGAGAUGGAGAUUCCACAUCAGCAAUGGCAAAGGCUAAGUUUGAUUCAUUCAAGCAUUGGAGCAUUUCUACAUACAAGUGCACCAGACAGAUGCUCUCAGAAAAGCUAGGCAAAGGAUCCAGAACUGUUGACCUGCAGUUAGAGGCUCAGAUCGAAGUCCUUCGUGACACCCAACGCAAAUACGCUAACAUUCUCAAGUUGUCACGUGCGUUGACGCACCAUUUUUACCAGGUAGUUCAAACUCAACGUUCUCUCGGCGAUGCUUUUGGCGAGUUAGGCCAGAAGUCUCCAGAGCUACAGGAGGAAUUCAAUUAUAAUUGUGAGACGCAAAGAUCUCUAUGUGCAAAUGGGGAAACACUUCUAGGGGCUCUGAAUUUCUUCACUUCAAAUGUUAACACACUGUGCAAUAAAACA